AUGUUACAACGACGUCACAGGUAUGCGCCAAAAAGCCGAGGUUCUCAUCCUCGUAUUUAUUUUCUCGGUGUCCUUAGGCCCGUGGCGAGCCAGCUGAUCAAGGGAGACUCCGUAACGGCGGAGUCAUUCGAGAGCGUCACCAUCUACUUCAGCGACAUUGUUGGCUUCACAUCCCUCUCUGCGCAGAGCACGCCCAUGCAGGUAGUGAACCUGCUGAACGAUUUGUACACCUGCUUCGACUCUGUGAUUGAGGAAUUCGACGUUUACAAGGUGGAGACCGUGGGCGACGCGUACAUGGUGGUGUCCGGUCUGCCGGUGCCCAACGGCUCUCGACACGCGCGCGAGAUCGCCCGCAUGUCCCUCGCCCUGCUGGCCAACGUGCGGUCCUUCAUCAUCCACCACAGGCCGGAGGAGCAGCUGCGCCUGCGUAUUGGACUGCACACCGGUCCCUGCGUCGCCGGUGUGGUCGGUCUCAAGAUGCCUCGGUAUUGCCUUUUUGGGGACACGGUCAAUACGGCAUCUAGAAUGGAAUCUACCGGCAUGGCAUUGAAGAUUCACGUCAGCUCUGCGACCAAGCAAGUCCUGGACACUUUCAAGACUUUUCACCUCGAGCUUCGAGGAGAAGUUGAACUUAAGGGCAAAGGCCGCGUGACCACCUACUUCCUCCUGGGUGAAGGCGACGAAGCGCCCUGCCCACCAUCCGCCGCGGUCACGCCGCUGCCUGCUUCCAAGAACGCCGAGUUCCUCCCGCCUCCAGCGGACCCGGGCACCGCCGUCGAUCGCGUCACCAGGCACGAAGUCAAGCUGUAG